AGCCCAAUGAUUCUACGGAUAGGUUAGCUCUACUACCAUGGAAUCUCGCUUUCUAUGCUAGGGCUUUGCUGUGCAAUAGGGAAAGCUUUCUUUUCACUAAGUUUCACCUUGAUUGACGUUACUUUCGCCGCAGAUAAUAUUGUUCUACUGAUUUACAUACAGUUCGCUGGAUAGCUUUAGGCCACACGUGGCGAGUCUGACCGUGUCACCUCAACUAACAUGACUGCGUUAAUGAGUUCAUAACGAGUUUCUUCUGUCUCCUCUACUAUCUCCGGUUGUCAUGCAGGUGAAACGCCUACCUCAUUCUAGUUGUAUGCACUCCGCAGCGGGAAGACUUUCAUUGUCGCAAAGGAUGAAGGUGCUCUGCGACAUUUUAUUGUUCGCACGACCCCUGCCGUACUUGCACAACUUCCCAUGUACGUUUUCCCAUCAAACUUCUUCCAUCAAGAGGAGAAGUUGCAUCUCGACUAGUUCAAGCAUGGAACCUGUACAUCACCGAGUCUCCGGGCCUCCAUUCUCGGAGUACCCGUAUGGUUCGUGUCGAUGACUUUCCAUACGGGGAUUACGACGAGACCUGUUUCCUAUUGUCAACGUUUUCUACUGAAUAUUCGGUCCAUCGAUACGUUCAAUGAAGAAAACUCUAUGGCGGUU